GUUUGUGCGACACCUGAUAAUCGUUUUUACGUGAAAACAUUAAACUUCCGUUUGAGUCUGACCAACUCAUCCUGCAGCUUGACUUUGUGUUAGCCACAUCUCAACGUAGUGUUCAACGCCUCAUAAUCUUCAGGUCAACAAGCUCCAAUUUUAAUACAGUUUUGUGAUUUAAAGAAUCAAAGUCUGCCGUUGGAGCCACCAUAACGUUAUAUUACAGACCCUCUUAAUCACUGACAGUCGACUCCGGUUAUUUCUAUUUCAUAGCUAGCUAACUGUAGCGUUAGCAAAGCAGCUCCAGGGAUGGCGGAGGUUCCCGGGACAUCGAGUGAGACGAUAACGGAGACUGUUCAGACGAGCACGCCGCCGCCGCCCCAGCAGGAGGGACGCAGCCUGACAAUCAAGCUAAGGAAGAGGAAGACUGAGAAGAAGGUGGAGUGGUCCAGCGACACUGUCGACAACGAGCAUCUAGGAAGAAGGUCUUCAAAAUGCUGCUGUAUUUAUGAGAAGCCUCGACAGUUCGGAGAGUCGUCCUCUGAAAGCGAGGGGGAGGAUGAUGAUGAAGGCUGUGGCAGCGCUCACUGUAUCCUGGGCCACGGCAGGAGAGGCAACGGACAGAGGGGGGGUGGGGGAGCCACAGUGCCCCCAAACUCUGGAGGGUCACACAGCCACUAAUGGGCACUGCAGGCUGGUUGUGGGGUCUGGCCACGACAAUGACAUGUACAAACUGCACUCUUUUUUUAGUUUAGUUCCAACACUGAAGUACAGGUAGGCCUGAUGCUGCAUUCCAGUCAUGAGUCAGAGAGCAUUGCAGCCUCUGUGCUGCUGCUCUGAGAAGCACUGAGCUACAUGGAUUAUUGAAUUAGCCUAAUUGAAAGUCCUGCUCUCCUUUCAGCAGCUAAAAGCAUGCUCAGUAUUUUUGCCAACUGACAUGCGUAACAUGGAAUGAUAACGACAAGUUCACUUUGAAAUGUCUUUAAAAGCACUAGUGCUUAGAAGCACUGCUUCUUAAAGGAGACAUGCUGUGAUGACGAUAGAAUUUAACAGGCCAUGCAAGUCUUUCUGCAUGUUUAAGCUCUUUUAAUACAGAUUAUACACCGUAUGCAUUACAUCAGUGCUGAGAGUUUUCCAAAGCAUGUAGUAGAAUGGUAACAUUUGAAAUGCUUUCCUAUGUUCAAGGCAGCCGUUGAUAUACAUCUAUUUCACUACGCUAUGACAAUAAACGCUGAGGUCUGUGAUCAUCACAGUGAACACCAUGUUUGCUUUUAUUGUUGUCAGAGUUGUUCUGCUGAAAUGCAAUGUUGCAACUGCCCAUUAUUUUCAUCGCCUAAUUUGCUGAAUACUUUCUCAAUGAAUCAAGUAGUCAUUCCUUGUUUUUAAAAUGUUGGAAGAAAGAGAACAAUGUUCAUCACACUGUCCAGGACUCAAGGUGACAAACACAAAACAAAAAAAAGCAUCAAAUCAAAUGUUUUCCAAUGAAUUUAGUAAAUGUUUGGUUAACAGCCAACAAACAUUCUAUUUCUUAAAGUAGCUUGUUUAUUCAACAGACUCAUAGAUAUUUGCGUCAUGCAUGUAUGUAUAUAUGUAAGUAUAAAUAUGUUUCAAACCUGAGUAAAGUGAUCUAUCCAUCAAAUUUCA